GGCAUCCAAUCAGACCCAUCCAGCCUUUUCCCCUCUUCACCACCACUCCUCUACAUACUAGUUGGCAGUUUUACAAGAAACAUAAACAAAUCGCAUUCUUUUUGAAGGUUUUGAAAACCAAUUUAUCUAUAGAAUCACCGUCAUAAACCAAGCCCUUUCCACGUGCUACUCUAGUUCAAACAAGCUACCUAUCGAAAUGUACCAUCCAACGAUCCCUUUGAUCGUUCUAAUCUUAUCAUCGCAAACUCAUUCUCGGUUCAUAGAGCCUGGUGUGGUACCGAUCAACCCAAUCCAUCUUCAGCGUCGCGGGAUCGAUCAGAAUGUUCUGCUCGAAAAUGGCCAAGAGGCUCAAAAGCUGAACGCGAAGUUCUCUGGCAUGAAUCCUAACUCGCCAUGUAAGACGGGAGAUUCGGCAUGUAUCGCUGGAGGAUUCUCGCAAUGUGUAGGAGGCAAAUUUGUGGGUGGACCAUGCGCCCAAGGUUCGAAAUGUUUUGCGAUGCCUCUCUUAUUGAAGAAAGGAACUUCCUUAGGAUGUGAUACUGAAGAAGAUGCCACGAGCAGAAUCAAAAACACUGGCGCCACUGGUGGUUUGACUGGGACCGGCGGGGAUUCAAGCAAGCCAUCAACAAGUAACUCCACCCAGGCAAACCCAACAGGAGACAUGAACGGUACAAAAUCUGAUUCAAAUGAGAAAGAUGGCGAUUCCACUGGAUCGACGGGGAAUGCAGCUGCGGAUACGAACAAAAAUUCCACUUCAAUGGAUUCCUCAGCAGGAUCUUCCCGUCCAUCCGACGCCUCAGAUUCAGGUACCGAUGAGAAAAAAAAGUCAAACCCCCCAAUGGAUUCCUCCUCAGGAGCUGCCGAUUCAUCCGACCCUUCGGCUUCCGGUACCGAUAAGAAUGACGCGAAAAACUCGACCGACUCGAGCGAUCCCAAGUCAGAUUCUGGCAAAGCCUCGGAGGCGAGUAAGAAUUCAACAUCCCCCUCGGAUGGGAAGGAACCUGACCCCAAGGAAUCCAGCUCCAACUCUACUGACGUUAAAAAAAAUGAAGCUCCGGUUAAAGGAGCCGACGGUGAAGAUGUAGAGGAUCUCAGUUUUGCGAAGGAUAAAUCGGAAGAAAAAGAUUGCGCAGAUGAAUCCUAACUCUAACCCAGAGCUACGAUUAACGGCGGUUCCUCCGAUUUCCAUUCCUAUUUUAUGAUUUACAAUUUUUAUUCUUAUCCUUAUUUUUAUCAGUCGGGUUCUAGGGGAAAAGAAGCAGCUAUGUAGGCUGGAUUCAAAAUUCAUUUUUUUUUUUCAAGUGUGUAGAAUUCAAAAUUACUUUACUUAAAAUAGUAUUUUAUAAGCUUAUGCCCGCUUAUGUAGAAGGCUUGUUCCAAACUGGGUCUGGAUGAUUUAAGAAAUUUAGGGGUCCGAAGUCAUUGAAUGAUUUCGUGAUGGGUUUUCAAGACAAGGCAGUAAUAUGUAUUGCUUGAUUAAGCCUUGGAGUCGCUAGCGAGGUGUGCCAAUCUUUAAAUUUCAGCACCGUUGCAAGCAAACAACUGAGUGCAUUAAGGAAAGUCCAACGCUUCAACGCAUACAUAAAACAUUCCAGAUCUUGUC